UAAGUUUUAGUAGGAAAAGGGAAUAGAUAACCUAUUAUCUGAUCCACACUCCGGAGCAGAAGGGGGCGGUAAUGCACCAAUAAGCUGGAUGCCAACCGCCGUUAAACUGGAAAGAAGAAGAAGAAGUCAGUCAGUCACCGGAUGUUUCUCUUCUCCGCGCUCAUGUUGAACCGACUGUCACUCUCAACUAAACUAUUUUUCAGUUACAUCCCCCCUUCUUCAAUCCUAACCCACAGAAACCUCUUCAGCGCCCGGUUUAAUACGAAUAUGGAGAGAUGUGUGGUGAGAUGUGUGCCGCGCGAGUCCAAACUGACCAUCUCGUUCAAUCUGGACGGCAGCAAUAAACAGAUGCUGAGAGAGCAGACGGAGCCGCUGGGGAAAGCCCUGGCUCGCAUAGCCAACAGCCUCAUCAAGGCACAAAACAAAGCGAAGAAAUCCAAACCGAACGAAGGAAAGAGCGAGACUCCAGAAGCGCGUGAACCAGAGAUCAGCCUGCGCGUGAACGAGACGCGCGUGCCCGAGGACACCGUGAACGCGCGCGCGUGGCAGGACGGAGCUGUGCUGCAUGUGGGGGGCUUGAAGUAUAAAGUGCAGCUGAAUCCUCCGACAUUCACUGUGUGUGAGCUCCCGACAUCUCUAAUGGCCGGAUUUCCGGUUUGUCCCAAGCUGGAGAUGGAGUUCGGAGAGCUGAGGGACUCUGAGUUCAGAUGGUUCAAGGAAAGCUCUCCUAAAGCACAUAUGAGUGGAGAGCAAGACUGCUGGAUGGAGGCUGGAUGUGAACGUGUGUUCACGCCAUCCAAUCUGGACAUCGGUUUGAGGGUGAUGUUCAAAUGCACACCUGGGAACGGAUCCAGGUUUGGGGAACCUAAGGAACUGGUAUCUUCAGGUGUAGUCGAAGCCGGUCCAGGAGCAUGCAGCUUUGAUAACAGACACAUGUUCACUCAGGAGGCCACAGAUGAGUCUUCACUGAGGGUUGUGUCUUAUAACAUCCUAGCUGACAUCUACGCUCAAACCGAGCUUUCCAAAACAGUCCUGUACCCUUAUUGUGCGCCGUACGCUUUAGAAAUGGACUACAGGCAGAAUCUGAUCAAGAAGGAGCUGUCGGGGUACAACGCGGACAUCGUUUGCCUCCAGGAGGUGGAUAAAGGCGCUUUUGUCGAUAGUUUAUCUCCUGCGUUGGAUGCGUUUGGGUUGGAAGGGGUUUUCAGGAUCAAGGAAAGGCAGCACGAAGGUCUGGCCACGUAUUUUAGGAGGUCUAAGCUGAAGUUGCUCCAGCAGUAUGAUGUGAUGCUGAGCGAGGCUCUGAUGGCAGAUGCUCUUCAUCGGGAGCUGCUGGAGAAGGUGUGCAGCAAUCCCAGCUUGAAGGAGAAGAUCGAAAGCAGGUCAACGAUGCUGCAGGUGACCGUCUUGCAGUCGUUAUGUGACCCGUCAAGGAUAUUAUGUGUGGGAAACACACACCUGUACUGGCACCCUAAAGGGGGAAACGUUCGACUGGUUCAGAUUGCAGUGGCCCUCAAACACAUGAAGCAGAUGGUGACGGAGAAGCAUCCCGGAGCCGGACUCAUAUUCUCGGGUGAUUUCAACAGCACGCCCUCCUCCGGUCUCUUCCAGCUCGUCUGUGAGGGAUCCGUCUCGGAGAAUCAUGACGACUGGGCCUCUAAUGGACCAGAAGAGCAGAUCCAGGUGGGACUGAUGAACCCGUUCCAGCUGGCCAGUGCUUGUGGGGUCCCAGCUUUCACCAACUACGUCGGAGGCUUCCAGGGGUGUCUGGACUAUAUUUUUGUGGAGCCGCAUGUGCUGCAGGUGGAGCAGGUGAUUCCUCUGCCCAGCCUUCAGGAGGUCACGACCUGCGUGGCCCUGCCGAGCGUCUCGCACCCGUCAGAUCACAUCGCGCUGGUGUGUGACCUCAAGUGGAAGUGAAACAAUCACAAACAGUUCGUAUUUCAUCAAAAGCAAUUUUAGCUUUUUAAUGAUCAGAUUUCAGCAUUGUGCUUAUAUUUAUCACAUAGCUUCAUUCUCAUUUGUGCAAAUUAAAAUGUAUGAUGAGGAUGAGUUAUUGUGUGAUAUUUAUCAAAUGCCAGAAUUGACACCUACUUGGAAAUAUUGAAUGUUGUAUUUACAAUAUGCGACUGUUUAAAUUCUUUGCAUUUAAAUUCAUUCAGCAUUUUGUGAUGUUGCUUUAACUCUGCUUUUCAAACCAGAAGAGUGAAUGGAAAUAACCAGUUUCCCCUUUAAGGAAUAGUUCAUCCAAGAUGUAGAUGAGUUUGUUUCUUCAUUAGAUUUGGAGAAAUGUA